AGCCGAUAUCCAACUCAUCUCUUUUUCGGUGUCGGCCAUUUUUCUCCUCUUUAAACCGCAAUUUUUCCGGCCGAUCAAUUCUCCUCUUUGUUGAUCUCAAUUUUCGAUUCUCCGAUCACUCCACAGAUCCGAUUUCGAGUCACUUCUGAAUCGGAUCCGGGUCAGAUGGCGUCAUCACGGAGGCUCCGAGAUCUUCAAGCCCAACCGGGGAACAAGAUCUGUGUCGAUUGUUCUCAGAAGAAUCCUCAAUGGGCUUCAGUUUCGUAUGGAGUUUUCAUGUGCUUGGAAUGCUCCGGUAAGCAUCGAGGGCUUGGGGUACAUAUCUCGUUUGUCCGAUCUGUUACCAUGGACUCAUGGUCUGAGAUCCAGAUCCGGAAAAUGGAGCUUGGUGGUAACGAGAGUUUCAACAAAUUCGUGUUACAGUAUGGGAUUCCGAAGGAAACUGAUAUUGUUACCAAAUACAAUACAAAAGCUGCUACUGUUUAUCGUGAUAGGAUCCAAUCCCUAGCUGAGGGAAAGCCCUGGAGGGAUCCACCAGUUGUUAAGGAAGUUUUGGGGGGAUCAGCUAGUAAUAAUGGUAGUAGACCACCGUUGAGCAGCGGCGCAAGCGGCGGCGGCAGUAGGAAUGGUGGAUGGGAUAGUUGGGAUAAUAAUGAUGAUGGAGGGUUUAGUGGUAGUAAUACUAAAGAUAUUCGGAGGAAUCAGACGGUGGGAGAUUUUAGGAGUGGUGGUAGUAGUGGUGGUGCACCAGCUAGGUCGAGGUCGACUGCUGAUAUCUCGAAGGAGCAGUAUGAGGCGUCAGCUGCGAAUAAAGAUAACUUUUUUGCGAGGAGAAUGGCUGAGAAUGAGUCCCGGCCUGAUGGGCUUCCGCCCUCUCAAGGAGGGAAGUAUGUUGGGUUUGGAUCAAAUCCUGCCCCAAUGCCUAGGAAUAACAUGAAUCAGCAAGGAGAUGUUUUUUCUGCUGUUACUCAGGGAUUUGGUAGGUUAUCUAUGAUAGCUGCAACGGCAGCACAGUCAGCUGCAAGUGUGGUUCAAGUGGGGACAAAGGAGUUGACUUCUAAGGUGAAAGAAGGUGGAUAUGAUACCAAGGUUAAUGAAACGGUCAACGUUGUCACGGCAAAAACAAGUGAGAUUGGACAAAAAAGUUGGGGUAUCAUGAAAGGAGUCUUGGCCAUGGCUUCACAGAAGGUAGAGGAAUAUACCAAGGAAAGUCCGGCCUGGAAGAAUGAUAGCUGGCAACGAGGUGAAAGUGAAAAGAAUGGCUAUUAUCAGGACUUUAAUCAGGAUUCUAAAGGAUGGAAUGCUUCUGGAGGAGCCCAGUCCUCUGGAAGGAACGUUAAUUCUGUUAGCUCUGGGUCAUGGGAUGAUUGGGACAAUGAAGACAAAAGCAAAGUAAAUCCUACAAAGGCGGCAGCAGCACCCAACAACAAGAACGAUGACUGGGCUGGAUGGGAUGACGGCCAGGACGAUGGAUUUGAUAAUCACUACCAGAGUGCAUCCAACAAUAAACAUGCUACUGUUCAUGCUGGAAAAUCAGAUUCCAAAUGGACCGAUGGAGGUUUCCUCUGACGGCAGUACAUGUUGGGUUAAUCGCUCCUGCUGUUAAAGAAGAAAGAGCCAAAAGCACAAACAGAAUUAGACUCUUGUUGAAGACCAUUAUUCGGGGCUAAAAAAGCGUUUAGGCUACAUUUGGAUUUGUAAAGACCAUUUUUGUUUCUGUUUCUGUCCUAUAUAUUGGAGAUUCUUGAUUAUUAUGUCUGAUUUAUGUGUGUUUGCAUAUGGACAUAUGAAAGAUCUUUGGAUAAAUGGCUUUGGCAGCUUAACAUCUU